AGCACCUGAGCUCCUGUGCCCAUGGCUGCUAGGAGUGUAUUGCUGACAUGUUGUUUUAUGCAUUAAUGCUUUGAAGAUAUGCUUGUUACAGGAAGCAAGGUUUCAGCAAACACUAAAGGGCUGGGUCCCAGCUCAAUCUGCUUCAGGAGAUUUUAUAUGCUAGCUGUAUCUUUGAUGUAGGGAAUGUGACCCCCCCCCCCCCCAAGCCUAUGUGAAUCUGCUGCGGCUGCUGCUCUGUGUUGAGCUGAAUGUAUCGCUGGCGCUGUCCACAUCCCAGCUGCUGAAAGCAAGCCAGACUCGGCUUACAGCCCCUCCCUCACAGAAGCAGCUACAGCAGCUACAGACUCCCUAGUAAACGCUACUGAAUGCAUGGGAUCUCAGAGGUUUAAAAGGCCGGAUCAAUGCUUCUUCUUGCACAAGGAAGACCGGAAUAAAGCCAUGGAUUUAUUAGGGAGACAGCCACCUUCAGACUUCACCGGAUCAAUCCCAGCAAUGAUUGCUGACAACAUAUGGUAACCUCCUGCUCCAAUUUAAUCGCUGCUGUGGGUACAUGUGAAAGGAUGUGAGAUCCAAGCUGAUCUGGGGAGGGGUUGGAUGCGUGCUGUUUACCUGCUGCAAUGGCUUUUAGCCGGAGGUGCAGAGGGCUGGUGGCAGCUCAGGUGGUCCUCCCUCUGCUAGUGUUACUGAGCAUGGUUAAAGGGCAGCUCAGAUACUCAGUGAAGGAGGAGUUGAAUCAUGGGGCAUUUGUGGGCAAUGUGGUGAGUGACCUGGGCUUGGAACUCAAGAGGUUACUCUCCAGGGGUUUCCGAAUUACGUCCGGAAACAGCAAGCAGUAUCUUGAUGUAAAUCUAGGGAAUGGAGUCUUGUUUGUAAACCGAACAAUUGAUCGUGAAACCAUUUGUGAGCCCAUCAGCCCUUGUGUGAUCAAUCUACAGGUUGUGAUUGAAAACCCAGUGGAGGUGCACAAUAUAGAGGUAGAAAUACUGGAUAUCAAUGAUAAUGCCCCUAGAUUUCCUAGAAACAAUUAUUAUUUGGAGAUUAGUGAAUCUGCAGUGCCCGGGGCCCGUUUUCCUAUUGAGAGUGCCCAGGAUCCUGAUAUAGGAACUAAUUCAAUUCAGACUUAUACACUUACAGACAAUGCAUUCUUUGCACUGGACCUAAAGACAUUCAAUGGUAACAGUCAGCAGAUUGAGCUAGUGCUAAAAAAGGCUUUAGACAGGGAAACAACAUCACUCCAUCAGCUUGUUCUCACAGCUAUAGACGGUGGUAGCCCUGCAAAAUCUGGAACAGCACAAAUUUCAAUUCGUGUAAUGGACACAAAUGAUAACACCCCUUUCUUUGAUAAGUCUACCUACAAGACAAGUGUGCUAGAGAAUUCUCCACCUGGUACCUUAGUAAUCAAGUUAAAUGCCACAGAUCCAGAUGAAGGAUCAAAUGGUAAAAUCACGUAUUCAUUCAGCAGCUAUACCCCACAGAAGGUCAGGUAUUUGUUUAAAAUAGAUCCCCAAAGUGGGGAAAUAUGUGUUAAUGGUAAUGUGGACUAUGAAAAAGCAUCAGCCUAUGAAAUAUAUGUUCAGGCCACUGACAAGGGAUCAGUACCUAUGACUGGUCAUUGCAAGGUGUUAGUUGAGAUAAUUGAUGCCAAUGACAAUUCACCAGAAAUAGUGGUUACAUCAAAUUACUCUCCAGUUGCUGAAAAUGCACAGGAAGGAACUGUAGUAGCUUUAAUGAGUGUAACUGACCAAGACUCAGGGCUCAAUAAACAGGUUAGUCUUACCAUACAACAAAACAUUCCAUUUAAGUUAAACUCCUUUAAAAAUACAUACAAACUAGUCACUGAUGGCAGAUUAGACAGGGAAACAUGUUCUUUGUAUAAUAUUACAGUGACAGCCAUAGAUUCUGGCACUCCUCCUUUAUCAUCUCAGGAAAUCAUCUAUGUGCAAAUUGCAGAUGUAAAUGACAACCCUCCCUUGUUUGAGGAAUUAUCUUACUCGGUAUAUGUCUUGGAAAAUAAUGCUCCAGGGGUGCCCCUAUGUUCAGUGAAAGCCCUGGAUCCAGAUUCUAAUGAAAAUGCAUUUGUUUCUUAUAUUCUAAUCCAUGGAGAUAUUGAAGGGCUACCUGUCUCUUCUUAUGUGUCAAUUAAGUCGGACAAUGGAACCAUUUUUGCUGUCAGGUCCUUUGACUAUGAAAAACUACGGGAAUUCCACUUCGUGGUCCAAGCCCAGGAUGUUGGUAACCCAUCACUCAGUAGUUCCACAACUGUUAGUAUAUUUGUUGAAGAUCAAAAUGAUCAUGCCCCCACAAUCCUGUACCCAUCCGUCGCCAAUGGCUCAGCAUCAUUGGAAAUGAUUCCUAGAACAGCCAGUGCUGAUUACCUUGUCACAAAAGUCAUUGCAGUUGAUGCCGACUCAGGACAAAAUGCGUGGUUAUUUUAUUACUUAUCCAAGGCCACUGACCCUAAACUUUUUAAGGUAGAGUUACACACAGGAGAGAUAAGGAUUACACGAAAGGUUGCAGAUGACAGUAUUACAAACUACAACUUAACUGUCCUUGUAACAGACAAUGGCCAACCACCUCUUUCAUCUUCUGUGUUAAUAAGUGUGGCAAUUGUGGACAGGGUUUCCAAAAUCAUCCCUGACACGAGAAGACAUAUAAAAAAUACCACAAACUACUCAGAAAUUACAAUAUAUUUGAUCAUAGCACUAUGUUCUAUUUCCUUUGUAUUUCUGUUGACUAUUAUUGUUCUUAUUGUUCUCAAAUGCUACCGCUGCAGUAUGCAUGGAGACCCUUGUUGUGCAGGUUUCUGCGGGCCUACAACACAGAACCCUGCAGACAUAUACAAACAGGCAAACAACAACAUUGAAACUAGACUCCCACCUGGGUUGAAGGUCCAGCCUCAUUUUAUUGAAGUUAGGGGGAAUGGAUCCCUUACAAAGACUUACUGCUACAAGGCCUGCUUGACAGCAGGAUCUGGAAGUGAUACUUUUAUGUUUUAUAACACUGGAGCCCCUGGCGGGCCUGGGCCACAUGCAAUGAUUGCAGACAGACAUCUCACAGGACAAAGUGGACAAAGUGUACAAAACCUGAUCAUUUUGAAAAGUGAGACCACGACCCCUGUUGAGCCUAGACACCCUCAUCCAGACUGGCGUUACUCUGCAUCACUGAGAGCUGCAAUGCAAGGUGCUGUGCAUGUGGAAGGAGCAGCAAUCUUGCGUGGACCACCUGUGGGGUUGGAACAGCAAUGGCCAACAGUGUCAAGUGCAACACCAGAACCUGAAGGAGGAGAAGUUUCUCCCCCAGUAGGGGCUGGUGUGAAUUGCAACAGCUGGACCUUUAAGUAUGGACCUGGCAAUCCAAAACAACCAGUGCCACAAAUCCCCCCUGAUUUUCCAGAGAAUUUUAUCAUCCCGGGAUCGCCAGCCAUAAUUUCAAUCCGUCAGGAUCAGCCAUCUACUCAAAGUCAAAAAAGUAACUUCAUAACCUUCGGUAAGAAGGAGGAAACAAAGAAAAAGAAAAAAAAGAAGAAGGGAAACAAGAAUCAAGAUAAAGGAAAUAAUCCAGCUGACAACAGUGAUCAAUGAGAGGAUACUGAAGCCAAUUAUUUACCCAUUUUUGUAAUAAAUUAUGUAGCAGCUCCUAAAUUCUUCCUACUGUUUAUGCACCUUUCUUUGAACGAAAGACUCCAACAUCCGAGCCAGAGAACCUAUACAAUCUGUCUAUAUUAUUUACCAGAUUAUGUCUUAAAGCUUUAUUCUGUAAAAUGUUAGUCAUAUCCAGCAGUCGUCUCUCACAUCCAAAGAACACUGUUGCAAAUGUGUGCAUAUAAAUACAGUAGGUGACUGUUAAGGGCAAUGUCUCUGUAAAUAGCUGGUAUAUUUGGUAUACUGUACAAAAUAACUAAUCACAUUCAGGCAUUUGUGUCAGCUGGGUAAAAAAUAUUUUACAGUCCCAUAGCUAUGGUCAGUGGUAAAUCGGUGCAGAAAUCAGGUAAAACAGACGGAAUGCAAUAGUAAGCAAAUUGUUCUAAGAAGGAAUACAAAUUGAAUCUUGAAAAUAGCAAAACUUAUAAUUUCAAAACAAUUUUAAUUUCAAAUGUUCUCUAUUUUUGAUUCCAUGCCAAAUAUAAAAAAUAAUCCUAUCAUGUCUAUCUAUCUAUCUAUCUAUCUAGAGGGAGAUAAUAUACAUAUAAAUACAUACAA